CGGCCGCGCUGGCACUGGCAGCAGAAGGCUGAGAAAAUGGCGGCCAGCGCCAGCGGAAAAGUUUCAAGUAGCUGCCAAUGUACAUAAGCCCUGGCACAAGCUUUGCAACUACUGCAAGAUGAAACAGAAGACUCUGUCAAACGCUUCGAUGAUUUAUACCCGUUGAUGCUAGAAGUGGUGGUGCUAAUGAAAAUUGAGCAAGCGGAUUGCAUUGGUCAGCUGCCCUGAUACUGCAUUGAAUCAGUGCACAAGUGGUCAGGGCAGUACUUUCUGUCCUCCAAUCAGGAUUCUGAUCUUGCUGCACGAGAGCACAUGUGUGAAUAUGGCGCCUGCAAUCAGGGCAGUCUUGUUCUUGAUCUGUCUGCUUAGCGGCAUCCUCACUGUCAAUUGUCAAACUGAGGGAGUUUCGCGGGACGAGGCGCUCGAGCUCCGAGACGAAGUGAAGUCCAUGUUCUACCGUGCAUACAACAACUACAUGGAGCACGCAUUCCCGCUUGAUGAGCUGCGGCCGCUAAGCUGCAGUGGGGAAGAUUCCUUGGGGGGCUACUCGCUUACGCUAAUAGAUGCUAUGGACACCCUCGCACUUCUGGGAGACAUAAAGGAGUUUGCCAGGGCCGUACGAUGGGUUUCGUGUAAUGUUAACUUUGACAAGAAUCAGACAGUGUCCGUGUUUGAGACCAACAUCCGAGUGUUGGGUGGUCUCUUGUCCGCACACCUCUUGGCGUCGGACCCCAGCACAGGCAUGGCGGUGGAGCAAUACACUGGGAAGCUGCUAGAGCUGGCGGAAGACCUGGGGCGGCGCCUGCUCCCGGCGUUCUACACUGCAACAGGCAUCCCCUUCGGCUCGGUCAAUUUGCAGACCGGCGUCCUUCCUGAGGAGACCACGGUGACGUCUACAGCAGGCGGGGGUACGUUGGCGUUGGAGUUCGGCAUGCUCAGCCGGCUGACCAAAGAUCCAGUGUUUGAAGACAUGGCGCUCAAUUCGCUGCGCGGCCUGUGGUCGCGCCGGUCCCACCUCGGUCUCGUUGGAGCGCAUAUUGACGUCUACUCCGGCGAAUGGACGCACAGGGAUGCUGGCAUUGGGACCAGCAUCGACUCGUUCUACGAGUACCUGUUGAAGGGGCAUUUGCUUCUGGGCGGCGACGAGUAUCUGCAUAUGUUCCGCGAGGCAUAUGCCGCCGCACAGCGGCACCUGCACCAGCCGCCGUGGUACCUGGAGGUCAACAUGGAUGACGGGAUGGUCGUCUGGCCGCUUUUCAACAGCCUCCAAGCAUUCUGGCCGGGACUGCAGGUCCUGGCGGGUGACGUGGAAGCUGCCGCGCAGACGCACGCCGCGUUCUACGGAGUCUGGCGACGCUUUGGCUUCACGCCCGAGGGUUUCAAUCUCGUCAACCAAGAUGUGCAGCCUGGCCAAAACAGCUAUCCGUUGCGCCCUGAACUGGCCGAGAGCACGUACUGGCUCUACCGCGCGACACGCGACCCGAUGUACCUCCACGUGGGCCGAGAUAUCGUGGCAAGCAUCCAGUAUGGUGCCACGUGUCCCUGCGGCUACUGCCACGUCACGGACGUCCAGACGCACGAGAAGGAGGACCACAUGGAGAGCUUCUUCCUCUCCGAAACGGUGAAAUAUCUGUGGCUGCUGUUCGAUUCGGCGCUCGAGGGGGACAACCUGGUGGAAAACGGACCUUACCCGUACGUCUUCAGCACGGAGGGCCACUUGUUUCCGAUCCGCCCCGACUUGUCCCUUGAGCCAUUCACCGAGUCGAGGAGCGAGACGGAUCCAAAGGAGCAGCCGGAAGCUGCUACUGAACCACUCUCAGAAGGGCGAUCAGAACCCUCUUCUCCGCGACUGGAAGGGUCGCCUUCGGCAAAAGGUUGGCCUGUAGAAUCGGAAACGGAUGGGAAUUUUGGAAAGCAGAGGAACGAACGUACUUCAGAAGGGCGAGAGACUCUAGCGGGGUCCAGUAACGCUUUGAAAGACUUUGACGGUAGCCCUUCGAGCGGAACUGGUGAAGACGGAAGCGGAACUGCUGACGACGGGAAGAGGGGGCUAAAUGCGGAAUCGGUAAAAGUUGCGGAAGCCGUAGGCGUAGAUUCCUUAUCGGGCGUUGUGAGUGUACGGGAAGAUGGCCCGGAGUUGAUCUCGAGUGAUGGAAAGGCUGUAAAAGAUGGUUUUAGUGACGCUCAUAAGCCGCUGUCUGGACGAAGCGUGACGGUGCAAUCCGCGGAAACGGAGCGGCUAACAGAGGAAGAGAACGGAACUGCGGCUGGAGCGGGACUGGCCGCGGUAUUGGCCACGGAAACGAAGGGACGGAAUACUGGCGCCCCUGUGAGCGAGCUCCCGCUCUCUAAUGGCGCUCUUUCUGACGUCAGCCAAGAAGACGUGGCUGGAGACGCAAAGUCGACGGCUGACGUCAGCAGCCCAGGCAGCGAGGCACCGCGGACGCUUCCGGACCCCAGCGAGAGUCCAACCGACGGCUCUGGUGCUGCCACGUGUCCUUCGCCGAAUGUGGCAUCCCCUCUGCAAGGCGUCAUCGAGGCGUCAGCACAAGAGGAGGCACUUGAGGACCCGGCUCGCGUCAAUGACGUCAGCAGAAACGUCACGGAAGCAACGGAAGGAGAGGAGGCCACGUGGGACAUCUGGACGGAUGAGGGAGUUGAGCCCUUGGUGGGCCGGUGCCCCGCCCUGUCCUUCUGGCGCCACGUGGGCGUUCACAACAUGGUGCCGUUUCCCCCAUCCGCUGAUACGGUUAUCAACCACGAACACAUACUGGCACGUCACAAGCAGCGACAGAUGCACCAGAUGAAAAUGGCCUCCCUCUUCCAGCAGGCCGCGCAGGCUAACGGCCAGGCCGCUCCCCUCCCCCCGGGUCAGAAGUUCGUGGUUUCCGUUAACCAGCAGGGGGCGGACAGGACUAGCCAUCAAAGUCGAGCUUUGUCAAGGCGAUCGGACCACUCGUUGUCCGUGAACCGGGUGCUUAGCAGUUUCUCUCCCGCGAUGUGAAGACUCUACCUUGGCGGGUUGUUUGGCGCAUGCCGACGGCAGACAAUUCAUUACGAACGGCUUGCACGAUGGGAUCCUGGAAGAACUAUAGGACCCAUUGCUAGCGACGGGCCCGGAAGACAGGAGCAAAGACAGCCUGCGUACCUCUUUGCAUACAAUUGUUCGUUUGGAGUAGAUAGGCUAACAGCCGCUAUUGCUUGGCCACCGCACGGCAACGUGCCGUCCGUGAAGCUCAGGGCCAAGGGCAGUUACAACUUCUCCGAAAUUCCAGUGCGUCGUGAUAACUGAUAAGGCUGCUUUGGCGACUACCGCGUCCCACG